AUGAUGAGGAGGUUGGCCAUCAUGGUCAGGAUGGCCCCUGCGGCAAAGGCCUCCGUGGAGCUCCGCAGUGCCCCGCUGGACGACUUGACAACGGUGAAGGCAUUGUUUGUAACCACAAAGAAGAGGGUGGUGACCAUGGCCAGCGUCACCAUCAGGCCCAGCUUGUUGCUGCCGCGGCGGGUGUAG